GGGACGCGGCGGCGCCGCCAUGGCCGCCCCGCAGCCGGGGCUGCCCCGCGCCGUGCUCCGCUGGCUGCAGAGCCUCGACCUCUCCGUCUGCCCCAGGCACUGCCGGAGGGACUUCUCCAACGGGUACCUGGUGGCGGAGAUCCUGUCGUGCUACUACCCCGGAGACAUCCAGCGCCGCGCCUACGGCAACGGGACCUCGCUGGCGGCCAAGCUCAGCAACUGGUCCCGCCUGCGGCGGUUUUUUGCAAAACAGAAGCUCGGACUUGCAGAGGAAGUAAUAGAUGGAACAAUUCACUGUAAACCAGGAGCAGCAGAAAUUCUGGUGCAAGACAUCUACUCAAGGCUAACAAAUAGACAACUUAAAAGCAUCCAAGAUAGGGAGACUGAUUUUACAGACUACUAUUAUCAGGCACAGUUACCCAUGGCUGCCAGAUCAACCACUUCACAGGCUAUCAAGAAUAACAUUAAGCUAACUGAAAUAAUGAUUGAGCCCAGUGUGAAUGUAAAUAGACAGAAGGUUAAUGCAAUCAUUAAUAUGCACAUGAGAAUGAGAAUGCAAGAGAGGGAAGAGGAUCCACAGCGCUUUAACAUUAAACCAAAUUUGGGACAAUGUGCAGUUCGCCAUCUUUAUUGUACCACAGCCUCUGAGAACACAGUUAGUAUCCUGAAGGAAAAAUUGUUUGCUGCAUCAUAUUCCUCAGAAAUCAGAGACAAAGAUGAUGUUCAUUUUAAAGAAAUCCAGGUGAAACAAGCUGACAGAUUCUCUGUUGCGAUGGAUGAUGUUUGAUAUCUCCAGCAGACUACUGAAAGAACAAGCUGAACCUCAGAAAGAAAUCCCAAAGAGUGGAA